UUCUAACGCCGAAAAACAAGUAAACCGCGAUUUGAUUUUGUGUAUGAAGUCGUGUAUGGUGUUUUUAAUACUAUUCUCUUACCUAUUAAAAGUUUAUACAAAUAGUUAUUAUUAGUUAUGCUUUUAUUAAAUUAAUUCACUUAUUUUCACUUAUUAGUUACAAGUAAUUGUACAUUUUUUCUCUGUCGAUUUUUGACUUCUUGUAAGUGAAGUAUCUAUUUAAUAAUAAUUUUUAGCGAGGCUGAUUGUAAUUUGUUGUAUUUCUGAAUAUUACAAUGAGUUCAGGACUAGAGAGCUAUGUAAACCAUACUGUUUCUAUUAUAACAUCAGAUGGCAGAAACUUUGUGGGAACACUUAAAGGAUUUGAUCAAACUAUAAAUAUAAUUUUAGAUGACAGCCAUGAGCGUGUAUACAGCCCAAAUCAAGGUGUUGAACAAAUUAUAUUAGGUUUACAUUUGAUUCGCGGUGACAAUGUUGCUAUAAUUGGUGAAGUAGAUGAAACAAUGGAUUCCUCAAUAGAUUUGAGUGCAAUCAGAGCAGAACCUAUUGGAUCAGUAGUAUUUUAAGACAUUUAUAUGAUAUUAUGAUAUUUUAUAAUAUUACGAAUAAUUAAAUGCAUUGAUCCUGUUAUAUUAAGUGAUUGUUACUAUUAAAGCUAUGAUAGUAAUAUAAAUAUAAGGGCAAAUAUUGUGUUUUUAUUAAUUAAAAUGUAUUUGUAAUGAGA